GCUUGAGUAAAUUAAAUUGCACCUCUUCAGCGUCGGUAAACGUAAUGAGCGUCUAUUUUUUGAAAAUAAACAAUCAUUUUAGCUAACUUAAGCUUAAAUGCGAAUUAAAAAUCCCGAAUUAGGUGCCGUGAUUGAGGCAUAUCUGGCUACUUUCUUUCGUUUUUUUCCGUUAUCUAACUAAUGAAAUAAAAACAAAAUAUGAUUAACGCAGCUGCACAAAAUUUUGCAGUCAUGGCUCCUACUUUUGCGAAAAUGAUAGACGAAUCUUCGAAUGGUCGUUUAGCAGACCCGCAAAAGGUAGCCAAUGCAUGGACAGGAGAAAGUGGAAUCCAAAGUGAGGAACCAGUUCGGUGGAAACAUAGAUCCAAGGCUCAAACUGAAUUGGAAAAGAAGUUAUCAACUGCCAUUUUGAAAGAUUUGAACGACCAAGACUCGAAGACAAAAAGACGAUUAGUGUCGCGUUUUUCCGUGGUCGAAGAACUAAAUACCGACAUUUCGAAAGACGGUCAAGGAGACAGUGGCAUUUGGGGUGACACUAACGAUGGGAAGAAUAAUGACGCCAGUGACGAUGACAGCUCGUCAGGGUCAGAGUCGGAUGUCGUCGAUGAUUCAGACCACUUUCCGAUUCUUGACCCGUCCCAGAAUGCGAAGAUGUCGAUCCACGAGAUCUCGGUGUACGCACACUUUCUGAAGAUAGGGGACAUCGACACGAAGAAUCAGAGGUUCUCUGCUCUGGUGGAGCUGAUCGCCAGAUGGAUUCCGGAGAAGAACAAACUGUUCAACGACUUCUUCAAAGUCUGCAAGGAGCAGCCCAAUUUGGACGUGGACGAUGGCAGAUUCGGCAUUCGGAAGAUCAUUCCCAAACUCCUCGUGAACAACCUCGAGAGCUCCUCCCUCGAGAAGACUUCUUUUUCCAUGCGACCUGCAUCUGCACCGGACUACACGUGUGUGAAAUACGUCGAGAUGCACAAAGUGAUCAGGGGAGUGUUUUAUGAGAGGCUGGAGUUGCAGAGCUUCCCAUUUGAUGUUCAAGAUAUCUGUCUGCGCAUCUCGCUGGACCACGCCUCCCAGACUUCCUUCCGCCUGUUUGUUCCCGAGCCCAACUGUCCCGCGGGACUACUCGACGACAGCACCACAUUCCAAGACGACCAAGAGUGGGUUCUGCGCAGAAUUGUAGCGUCUGGCGAGAACAACGAGGACGAUGAGACGGAUGCCUCUUCCAUGUCACACCCAGAAGACAACCAGAUCCUGAUCAUCAGGACCAACGUCCAAAGGAAGUUCAACUACUUCAUAUACAACUGCUUCCUAGUUAUGGUCUUCUUCUCAAUCAUGUCUUAUGGGAACUUUGCGAACAAGCCAGAGAACGUGCAGUUCAGAUUGGGCGGGGCGCUGACUCUGGUGCUGACAGCUGUCACUUACAAACUCAUGUUGUCCAACUCACUCCCCACUAUCUCUUACCUCACUCUCAUAGACAUCUACGUGCUUUUCCAAAUUUUCAUGAUGACUAAUUUGGCAGUGACGUUUGCAGUUCUGCAUUGGGUGUGGCGAUGGUACGCAGACCAGAUUGACCUUGAGGAGCCCUUCCAGAAAUGCCUGCACAGAUUCCAGUUCACGAGUCCAACGAACAAAUGUGAGCUGACUGCUCUGUCCAACAUGCUGGACGUGAUCUGUGUCUCUGCCCAUGGCACCAUCCAGAUCCUCUUCAACAUCUCAUUCACAAUUUACGUUUAUCAGAAGAAUAAGAAGGAAACUGAUAGUUUUAUGGAGCAAGAGGCCGAGUACAGAAAAUUUUUGGAAUCUAAUCCCGAAAUGCAAGAAAUGUGGAAGCGAAUGAAUUAUCCCAGGAGAUCCAAAAAUGGGGUGAAACAAAUUUCAAUACAGCAGGAUGAAAUGCCGCAACAGAACUCGCUCAGAGGCAAAACAAACGACAAGGCGAAAAACACUGGCGGCGACACUCCUAUGAAAACUGCUCAAUUGAUUGUUUAAACUCACUGUUUCAAAUUCACUGUUUUUAGUGAAUUUAAUGUGCUAAUGUUUAGAGUUUUAUUACCUGUAAUUGUUUUUGAGCCAGCUAUUUUUGCAUAAAAAUCUUCAAAAAUUAAAUUAGUGCGGUUUUCCAAAUAGAUUUCGAGGUUGAAUGA